GAAAAGUUACGUUAAGUUUAUGAGGAAAUUAAAACAUCCUGGUGCUGAGCAAAUUUGUCAGUCCACUGUGUGUAAUCUCAAUCUGUAGGCUUUUGCAGCGUUCUGCCUCCAUAGGGGAGUCUUUCAACAUCCCUUUUUGAACCCUACGAAAUGUUCCUUCUCCCCCUCCACAAUAAAAUUGCACUAACUAAAUGCAGUAGCAUUGAUGGAGUGUCAAGUUUGGGAAUAGAACCACACUUAAUUGUCUAAUAUAUUAGUCCAUUUGUGUAAAUUUUUGCACUCUUGUGAUUUUGGGUAUUAUUUUCCUUUUGAAAUUCUGGAUGUCAGGUGGCAUGUUUUACUUAUUAAAUAAGCUCCACAUGCAUUAAAAAUUAAAAUCCAGCAGGUCUGUAAUUGAGCCAGGAGUAAAGCUCCCCCCCCCCCAUGUUAGCAUUGUGCUCCACAAACCAUAUUUUGCUUCUUAAUUCAUUUGUGCGAUAUGCAGUCAUUAACUUCUAAAUCUUACACAUCAUUUAUGCUGUUUUAAUGAUAUAGAGCUUAUCCACAGAGUUGCUAUCCUUUGUGAUUUCCCGAAUGCCAGGAUUCAUACUUUGUUUUUAUUGGAAAGGAGAUCUACAGAGAAGAUAAAUUGAGGAUAUAAGGUUACCCAAAGGAACUUACUAUUUAAAUCAGUGGUAUGAGGAAGAUUACAACAGAACUGUUUGUCCACAUAGGAAAAUGCUGCUUAUUUAAAAGUAGUUGUAAAAGUCAUCUUAGAGAUUUGUUCAACCAGCAUAAAAUGUAGGAGCUGUAAAAGUUAUCCUUAAGAUGCAUUCAAAUUCUACAGUCUUUAGGAUUUUGCUUUAGAGAACACACAAAAAUGAGGACACCCACCUAAGACUUAAGAGGGGCUCGGGGAGUGGCGGAGGCCAUCUGUGGCUGACAAGUGCCCCGAGGAGGAAUCCUGUGGCAGAGCCUUGCACCAUGGUUCCUGCUGACAGAAAUUCACCUCUAGAGACUUUUUUUUGCUUCAGAGAUGUUGCUGAAUGGUCACGGACCCGGGGCCAAAGAACAAGAUGCACUAGUGGACAGACUGCUGACCAAGGGCUUGAGAGCUGGAUUCUGUUUUUCCUUUUCAAACUGACUUUGCAGCCACGGAGAGGAAGGGGAAAUGGAAGGUGAGGCGGUUGAAGCCAUUGUGGAGGAAUCUGAAACUUUCAUUAAAGGAAAGGAGAGAAAGACUUACCAGAGACGCCGGGAAGGGGGCCAGGAAGAGGACGCUUGCCACCUACCCCAGAACCAGACUGAUGGGGGUGAGGUGGUUCAGGAUGUCAAUAGUAGUGUGCAGAUGGUCAUGAUGGAACAGCUGGAUCCUACCCUUCUUCAGAUGAAGACCGAAGUAAUGGAGGGUACGGUCGCUCCAGAAGCAGAGGCUGCUGUGGACGAUACCCAGAUCAUAACCUUGCAGGUUGUAAAUAUGGAGGAACAGCCCAUAAACAUAGGAGAGCUUCAGCUUGUUGAAGUCCCCGUUCCCGUGACUGUACCUGUUGCUACCACUUCGGUAGAUGAACUCCAUGGGGCUUAUGAGAAUGAAGUGUCUAAAGAGGGCCUUGCAGAAAAUGAACCCAUGAUCUGUCACACCUUACCUUUGCCUGAAGGGUUUCAAGUGGUGAAAGUGGGGGCCAAUGGAGAGGUGGAGACGCUAGAGCAAGGGGAACUUCCACCUCAGGAAGAUCCUAUUUGGCAAAAAGACCCAGACUAUCAGCCACCAGCCAAAAAAACAAAGAAAACCAAAAAGAGCAAACUUCGCUACACAGAGGAGGGCAAAGAUGUGGAUGUUUCUGUCUAUGACUUUGAGGAAGAGCAACAGGAGGGUCUGCUAUCAGAGGUUAAUGCAGAGAAAGUGGUUGGUAACAUGAAGCCUCCAAAACCAACAAAAAUUAAGAAGAAAGGUGUAAAGAAGACAUUCCAGUGUGAGCUUUGCAGUUACACGUGUCCACGGCGUUCAAAUUUGGAUCGUCACAUGAAAAGUCACACUGAUGAGAGACCACACAAGUGCCAUCUCUGUGGCAGGGCAUUCAGGACAGUCACCCUCCUGAGGAAUCACCUUAACACACAUACAGGUACACGUCCUCACAAGUGCCCAGACUGUGACAUGGCCUUUGUGACUAGUGGAGAAUUGGUGCGGCAUCGUCGUUACAAACACACCCAUGAGAAGCCAUUCAAGUGUUCCAUGUGCGAUUACGCCAGCGUAGAAGUCAGCAAAUUAAAACGUCACAUUCGUUCUCAUACUGGAGAGCGUCCGUUCCAGUGCAGCUUGUGCAGUUAUGCUAGCAGGGACACAUACAAGCUGAAAAGGCACAUGAGAACCCAUUCAGGGGAAAAACCUUAUGAAUGUUAUAUUUGUCAUGCGCGAUUUACCCAAAGUGGUACCAUGAAGAUGCACAUCUUACAGAAGCACACAGAAAAUGUGGCCAAAUUUCACUGUCCCCACUGUGACACUGUCAUAGCCCGAAAAAGUGAUUUGGGUGUCCACUUGCGAAAGCAGCAUUCCUAUAUUGAGCAAGGCAAGAAAUGCCGAUACUGCGAUGCUGUGUUUCAUGAGCGCUAUGCCCUCAUUCAGCAUCAGAAGUCACACAAGAAUGAGAAGCGCUUUAAGUGUGACCAGUGUGAUUACGCUUGCAGACAGGAGAGGCACAUGAUCAUGCACAAGCGCACCCACACCGGGGAGAAGCCUUACGCCUGCAGCCACUGCGACAAGACCUUCCGCCAGAAACAACUCCUCGACAUGCACUUCAAACGCUAUCACGACCCCAACUUUGUCCCUGCGGCCUUCGUCUGUUCUAAGUGUGGGAAAACAUUCACACGGCGGAAUACCAUGGCAAGACAUGCUGAUAAUUGUGCUGGUCCAGAUGGUGUAGAAGGAGAAAAUGGAGGAGAAACGAAGAAAAGUAAACGUGGAAGAAAAAGAAAGAUGCGCUCUAAAAAAGAAGACUCCUCUGACAGUGAAGAAAAUGCUGAGCCAGACCUGGAUGACAAUGACGAUGAAGAGGAGCCUGCUAUGGAAAUUGAACCUGAGCCAGAGCCUCAGCCUGUGACCCCAGCCCCACCACCUGCCAAGAAGCGGAGAGGACGCCCCCCUGGCAGAACCAACCAACCCAAACAGACCCAGCCUAUCAUCCAGGUUGAAGAUCAGAAUACAGGUGCAAUUGAGAACAUUAUAGUUCAAGUAAAAAAGGAGCCAGAUGCAGAGCCCGCGGAGGGGGAGGAAGAAGAGGCCCAGCCCGCUGCCACAGAUGCCCCCAACGGAGACCUCACCCCUGAGAUGAUCCUCAGCAUGAUGGACCGGUGAUGGCAGGGCCUUGUCUUCACCAGGACUGCUCAGGGCUGUGUUUAAACGGCCUGCAUCUUACUUUUUCUCCCUUUUUCUUCUUUUGGCUUUGGGAAAAGCACCGUUUUACACCGUUUUACCAAACAUACUGAGAACUAAAACUUCAAGGAUGAUGUUAGGAAAAUGUGAUUUAACUAGAACUUGCCAUUUGAUGUUAGCAAAUCAUGGAAUGUUCCGAGUCCCUGAGGGUUUACCAGGAAGUGCUGAGGACAGUGUUGACGCCUAACUGGUUUCUUAGAUGGAAACAGAGACAUUGGACCCUCCUCCUUGCUAUGGUAAACCACUCCAGAACAGCCACCGGGUUGCCCAGAGUUCUACGGUCUUCUUCCCAGGAGAGUUUUUAAUUGUAAAUGCAGACUUGGGAAGGACUUAGACUUUUAAACUGGUUUUUGCUUUUGCUUUUUCCCUGACUCCCUUUGCUUGGAGUCGGCUGCACACCAAUAAUACGGCAUGCUACGAUCGGUUUUUGUCCUAAAGGCUUUGCCUCUUUCUUGGCAAAGUUUCUGGUAUGGUCAAGCUUGUAAAUAACUUUUUUUACAUUUUAAUCUUUUCCAUUAAUUAAGAGGUUGAAAAGAAGUGCAGUGUAAGAAAACCCAGCAUUUUAAUUACCUGCAAAUUAAGUUACCACAGACUGUAGUGUGUAAAUGUUGACAAGGAAUUGGAUUGCAAUCAUGUAGCAGAACGGCACCCAGACCACUGCCCACUAGAGACGGACGCCCAUGUAGAAGAUCGUGAUUUCCAGCCCAUGGAGCCAGCAUUUGAACCUUGUACAAUUAACUUUCAGUUAUAAUUUCCCAUCCACAUUUUCUUUGCUCUGUUUGUAGCUGAAUUUUCUGUUUUUUAAAUCCUCUGUUAAAGCAGAAGGGUGAUUAUGAGCAGGUCACAGCAGUCCCUUAAAAGCUGGGCCAGAAAUUUUCAUUAGGUCAGUAAUUUAAACUUUGGAUCUUCAAAAAAAAAAGGGGGGAGGGGGGUUAAUGAUGUGAAGUGAAACCAACUAUAAAUGAUUCUUGCACAUGAACUGUCACGUUUAAAAUGUGUUUUUUAGAGAGCCUCAGUCUUGUUGAUUUCAAACACUUUUCUCUUCUGUGUAUUGCUUUUAAGAGAGCCAUCAGCUGUCAGACUCUAGGUUGAUACAUUUUGUACUUAGCUGUACUGUGUGAUAUUUUUCAUUAUUUUAGGACACCAACAUGAGACCUGUAAUAAAAUACGUAAUGGGGUUGAAAGCUGGGGAGGAGGAUCUACUGCUGUACAGCUAAUAAAUCAUAACGGAUUAACAAUGCUUCAAA